AUGGCUCUCCUCUUAAGCCUGUCUUGUGCGGAGGAUGAGAUGGCACCUCUAUCCUACCCAGAGUACCAAGAGGGUUUUGACGGCUCCUGUUAUGAGUUUGUGGCUCUACCGCGUUCCUUCCUCAGUGGACAGGGCUGGUGUGAGCGGGGUGGUGGACACCUGGCCUUCAUUCUAAAUAUUGAUACACAGCAGUUCCUACAGAAGCACCUGCAGCCAGAGCAGGACUGGUGGCUGGGUUUAGCACCUGCUUCCCCGAACCUAACACUGGACUCUGCUGUUGCUGAAGGUCCUCUCUCCUGGCUUGAUGGCUCUGAUGUCAGCUACUCUAACUGGGUGAACGACCCUGAUCCAGGGGCUGGCUGUGGUCACAUACUGAGGAGCUCAGGGUUUCAGUGGGAGGCAACAAGCAACUGUAGCCAGGAGCUGCACUUCAUCUGCCAAUUUGUCCAGAAAAACGUCAUCCUUCAGAAGCCCAUCGGGGAGUUUGGCGUCAUUAAGUGCUAUAGCAUGAACCAAUCAACAGAUGGUGCAAACUGCAAGGCCCUGUACGGAAGCCCCCUUCAAAUCCAGGUAGAAGUAGAAGCUGGUACGAAUGUGACCUACAAACUCCACAGUGGUGAGAUGUUGGUGGCCAAUUCAUCAGCAGUCAGAGGAAUCGUCCCCCACAACAUCACAGUGGGACCAGAGGUGGAGCAACAGCUGGGCUCUGGUUGCCACCAGCUGACCCUGCAUGCCUCUAACGGGGUCUCGGUCUUGGGCGUGUCCACUGAGCUGCAGGUGUGUCUGCUGGAGCCUGUGGAGGGCCUGCUGGGAUCAGUGAUGGCUGAGGAGGGGGAGUGUCCAGACUCAGACCUCUAUGUUAGUGUCUCCCUGGACCGGGGAGCCCCGGUGCAGCUUCUCUUCCAGGUGUCUGGAGCCAACGACAGCAUCUCUGAGACCAGAGACAUGCAAAACAGCAGCAUGCAGGUUUACAAUAUCUCAACCACUAUCCAAGGAUUUUUGCAAGUGAAAGUCAGGGCCUGGAAUGUCUUCUCACACAUGGAUGUGGAUGUGGGGAACACAACAGUUGUUUGUCACAACAGUUCAGACCUCAGGCAGAAUGGCUAUGCAAACACAACAGAAAAGCAUAUGAGAGUUCGCCGAGCCUAUACCUUGAGAAUUACUGCCAUUCCAGAAACUGCCAGUCAAGACACUGAAAGCGUCAAACUUGAGGUAACUGGCUUAGGAGGACUAUCAAAUGGAAAGCAGCGCAAAUUUGAAUGGGAAUGCAAAGAAGACUGUAAAGGGAAAUGCAAUGAUAAAACAACAGACACGACUCGUUUGAUUGAAAAAGACUGUCUUCCAAACCCAUUUGAGUUUUUUGAAUACACUUUUUCUGUGAAGAAAAGGAGUGGCGAUGGGAAAUGGGUCGACUUGAUUUCAACAUCCCAAUGCAUCACGGUUACUCCAACAAACUUCGCCAACUUUAGAAUUUGUUGCCAGGAUAAUUGUAAUAUAGUGGAUGUAAAAAAAGAUGUCAAAUUCAAAUUGGACUGUAACUCCAGUUGCCCAAAGGUAAUUUGGCAAAUUGAGGACCCAAAACCUUCAACAGGUGCCCUGCAAAACUGUUACAACAACGCAGGGAAAAAGCCACUUACGGAAAGAAAAGAUCAAGAUGGUCAGAAAGAGUACAAAGUCAGCAAAAACUACCUGAAAGAAGCUUCAGAUAGGCUUCAGAAUCUCCAUGUGAUAGUUUAUGAUAAGGAAACUUUUGAAUAUGCCAAGUACACCAUUCAGAUACCAGGUGUUACGACUCCUGCACCUGCUGAUACUACGCCACCUGUAACCUCUGCUCCGACUAUCACCUUAAGUCCCCCUUCAUGUCGUAUUUACCCUCCGAAUGGCACCGUUCUGGAUCCUUUCGAUAUCACCUGUACAACACCUACAUCCUGCACAAACGGCUGCCAAUAUUGUUUUAAAACUGACCAAGGUAAACAUCUGCGCUGCAGUUCUGUAAAUAAAGUAACGUUAAUCUUCCUACCUGUUGGGGAGAUAAGCAGCAACUACAUGCUGUCGGUAAAGGUGACUGUUACAGAAUUGAACACAAAGACACGUGGAAGUACCACAAUCAACACUGAGGUGCGGCCAGCCAAGUCCGGUACCCCAGUGCAGGAGCUCCAAUCUGCAGUGGCGAACACAGUGGCUAAUCUAGGGCAGCAGGGGAUGCUCUCUGGAGAGACCCUUGGACAGAUGUUCAAGUCUGUGUCGGACAUACUGAAUAAAGGCUCCAGUGAGGAAAAGAAUGACAGGAUGAAGCUGCGAGAACAGAUGCUGAUGAAUAUAACUGAAGCACUGGAGAACAGCUCCAGCAGCACUCCUCAGAAAGUGCAGCUGAUGGCCAGAGCUGUGGCAGGACUCACCAAGAGGGGUGAUGAGCUUAGUCCCGAUGCUCAGCUUGAAGCUAGCUUCCUGGUGGCAAACCUCAGCUCUUCCCUCCUCUCCAUGAACGUCAGUGAGCAUGGUGGAGAAGAGGAGAUGGUGCAGGCAGCUACACCAAUUGUAGAGGCAGCCAGCAAUAUCCUGGAUGUUUCCUCAAACAGAGAAGUCUCUGAUUUACUUCUCAAGGGCAUGGACAAUGUGCAGAGUGCACUGUUGAAUUGGAAGAAGGUUGAUGAAGCUCCUGUGAUUGUCAACAGCUCUCAGAUCACUGUGUUUGUGAACAGAGUGUCAACAGAAGCUAUUCAGAUGCAGUCUAUAAGCAACCCAAUAAGCCCCUCUGCAAGCUUUUUCUUCCCUCCCCUGGGUGCUGAUGUCCUUUCUCCAGAUGAACCAGUGGACGUGCGAAUGCUAAGUUUCAAGAAGAACCCAUUUUCAUGGAGCGAGGAGAACAACAUUACCGGCACUGUGGGGUCUGUCUCCCUGACAAGAGGAAAUGGUUCUGUCAUCCCCAUAGAGAACCUAUCUGAGGAGAUUGAGAUCUUCUUGCCAAGGCCUGAAGGAGUGCAAGCAAACAGCACAAUACUGUACUUGGGAAACUACAGCACACUGACGGUCGACGUCCCUUCACCUGAUGUAACACUGGUGCUGAAGAUAAAGCCAUCCACGGACAUAACCUUUCAACUGUUCCUGGGGUAUAAAGACUACCCAAACGAUAAACAAUACAUAGCCAAGACUCAGAUGCCUCACCAGAGCAACACGCAAGAGGAGAAAUACACCUGGGUCCUGGGUCCCAAAGAUUUGACAGGAAAAGUUGGAGUGCAUUACCUUGUUGUGAGGCCCAUUGUGGAAGCAGGGGUUAAAUCCGUCAAUGCCACUGUGACUGUCACCUCCAUUGCUGCUCAGUGCAAGUAUUGGAAUGAAACCUUAUCCACCUGGAGUGAAGAUGGCUGCAGGGUUGGUCCUUUAACCACGCUAUUGGCCACCCAGUGCUUAUGUACGCACUUGACCUUCUUCGGGAACUCUUUCUUCGUCAUGCCCAACCUCGUAGACGUGUCGCGUACGGCUGAGCUCUUUGGCACCUUCGCCCAAAAUCCUGUGGUGGUGUGCUUUAUUGGUUCCAUCUUUGUUGCUUACGUAUUGGUGGUCAUAUGGGCACGCAGGAAGGACAUCCAGGACACAGCCAAGGUGAAGGUGACAUUGUUGGAAGAUAAUGACCCAUUAGCUGAAUACCGUUACAUGCUGAAUAUCAGCACUGGGCAUCGGCGUGGUGCUUCCACCUCCUCUCAGGUUACUGUGACUCUGCUGGGCAUGCAGGGAGAGAGUGAGCCACACCACCUCACUGACCCUGACAAGCCUGUGUUUGAGAGGGGUGCAGUGGAUAUGUUCCUGUUGACCACACCCUUCUCUCUGGGGGAGCUGCAGAGCAUCAGGCUGUGGCACGACAACUCAGGGGGGCACCCAGCCUGGUACAUAAACAAAGUUAUGGUGCAAGAUGUAGAGACAGGACAGAAGUGGCACUUCCUAUGUAACUCAUGGCUGACCAUAGAUAUGAGUAAGUGCACUCUGGAUAAAGUUUUCCCUGUAACCACGGAGAUGGAUUUGAAGAAAUUCAGCAAUAUGUUCUUCAUGAGGACGGCAAAGGAUUUCUGUGAUGGCCACAUAUGGUUCUCUGUGAUCAGCCGGCCUCCAACGAGCACCUUCACAUGUGUUCAGCGAGUCUCCUGCUGUUUAUCUCUGCUGCUGUGUACCAUGCUGACCAGCAUCAUGUUCUGGGGCAUCCCCACCGACCCCUCUGAGCAGACCAUGGACCUGGGUCAUAUCGAGUUCACCUGGCAGCAGCUGAUGAUUGGAGUUCAGAGUUCAAUCAUAAUGUUUCCAAUUAAUCUCCUCAUUGUGAGUAUCUUCAGAAACACCCGCCCCCGAGAGACGAAGCCUGGAAAGCCCAAGGCAGAGGUGUCCGAGCAAGGGAAGACUGGCAGAGUGUCUCCCUCUCAGCCCUCCUCCCCACAGAGGGACAGAGAACUCACACCAGACAGAGUCAUCAAGGACAUAAAGAAGAUUGCUCAGUCACUCUCCAAGGCUAUGAAGAGCCCCAUUCCACGCCUGGAGUUAGAGAUGAAGUCUGGACCACAGACUGAUAUCAACACUCUGCUCUCUCUGGUGGAGGACAUCAUCCGGCAGCAGAACCGAGCCAGUGGAGAGUUCUACACUGAUGCCUCCAAGAAAGAGGGAUCGCUCAUUCUCUCACUAGGGGUAACCAAUCUGCAAGAGACCAGCCUGUGUGGGAGCCCUGAGAAGACUGGGGAUGGGAGACAGAAAAGGAGCAACAACAGCCAGUAUCUGUACAGGCAGCUACGCCAUGUAGAGAAGGAGCUGAGCCUACUGGGACAUUCUCGCUUCCCCAACCCAGACAGCUACUGCCGGGCAGUGCAGCAGGUCCAGGGCAUGAAGGGACUGCUAGAGUCUUCCAGCCUGGCAGGGGAUGAGCUGGCUCAAAGUCCGGGCCAAGCUGAGAGUAGUGAUGGGGACAGUGGCAGUAAAAAGUGCUGUCAAGACGGGCUGCCCUGGUGGUUUGUGUUUAUCGGCUGGAUACUGGUGGUAGCCACCAGCGGAGUAUCAGGAUACUUCACCAUGAUGUAUGGGCUGACCUAUGGGAAGGACCGCUCUAUAAGCUGGCUCAUCUCCAUGUUCGUUUCUUUCUUUCAGAGCCUCCUAAUCAUUCAGCCGCUGAAAGUGCUAGGUUUUGCAGCCUUCUUUGCUCUCGUUCUGAAGAAAGUUGAUCAGGAGGAGUAUGGGGAUCCAAAAAUUGAAGGGGCACUCAGAAACCCAGAUGACCCUGAUAUAGUCUGGGCUGUCAGGAGGGAUAGCACACGUAGCUUCUACCAGCCCCCGCCACCCACAGACGUCGAGAGGAUGAGGAACAACAUGAUCAAGGAGCAGAAGGUUUUCGCCCUCAUCAAAGAGAUUCUCACCUACAUGGGGUUCAUGUGGAUGUUGCUCCUUGUGGCGUAUGGUCAGCGGGACCCUAACGCUUACUUCCUGAUUCAGCAUAUUCGGCAGAGCUUCAGCCAAGGGAUCUCAGACAGCAUGAGCCACGGAAAUGUCUUCACCUGGGCAAAUACCUCUCUUCUCAGCAACCUCUUCGGAGAGUACCCAGGUUUCAUCACAGAUGGGAACUCCAAACUGGUUGGUAAUGCCCGUCUUCGCCAGGUGAGGGUGCAGAAGAAUUCCUGCCGAAUCGCCCGCUCCAUGCGCCAGGCUGUACCUGACUGCCAUGCUCCAUACUCAUGGGAGGUGGAGGACAUGGGCUCCUAUGGGCCAGGCUGGAACCGCUCUGCGAGUGAAAACACCUCCAAGACCCUCCGCAGCCCCUGGCAGUACCAAACCCAGGCCCGACUCAGAGCUCAACCCAUCUGGGGCAGUGUGGUUCUCUACAGGGGAGGGGGGUUUGUGGUGGACCUGGGCCCUGACUCACAGAAUGCUAGCAGUACCCUUCAGUAUCUGUUUGACAACACCUGGCUUGAUAUGUUCACCCGAGCAGUCUUUGUAGAGUUCACAGUGUACAAUGCCAAUGUCAACCUCUUCUGCAUUAUCACACUCAUGCUGGAGACCACAGCUGUAGGAGCGUUCCAGUUUCGCAGUGAGCUGCAGAGUGUCCGACUAUACCAGUCCACCGGUGGACUCCAUAUCUUUGUCAUGGCAUCUGAGGUCAUCUAUUUCCUCUUUAUCUUCUACUACAUGUAUGUUCAGGGAAAGCUGAUGAAGCAGCAGAAGUGGGCUUACUUCAAGACAAAGUGGAACCUGCUGGAGCUCGCCAUCAUCCUCCUGAGCUGGAGCGCACUGUCUGUCUUCAUUAAGAGGAGCUUGCUAGGGAACCGGGACAUGGAGUACUACCACAACCAUAAAGACCAGUUUGCCAGUUUCCAUGAGACAGCCACAGCAGAUGCAGUGCUGGGGUAUCUGAUUGCAUUCCUGGUGCUACUGGCUACAGUCAAACUGUGGCACCUGAUGAGGUUCAACUCCAAGCUACAUAUGAUCACAGCCACACUGCAACGUGCCUGGACUGACAUAUCAGGCUUCAUACUGGUCAUCACCAUUAUGUUCCUGGCCUAUUCUAUGAUUUCUAAUCUGAUGUAUGGCUGGAAGCUGUACUCAUAUAGGACUCUCCUGGAUUCUGCUCUGACCAUGGUCAGCUUGCAACUGGGCAUCUUCAACUAUGACGAGGUUCUUGAUUACAACCCGGUGCUUGGAGCGUUCCUCAUUGGCUCCUGCAUUAUAUUCAUGACCUUUGUGUUUCUGAACCUGUUCAUCUCAGUCAUCCUGGUGGCGUUCACUCAAGAGCAAAUGCAUCACAAGCCCUCAGAGGAGGAGGAGAUAGUGGAUCUGAUGCUGAUGAAGUUCUGCAGCUUGUUCGGGAUCAAAUAUAAGAAAGAAGAAAGUAACAGUCCCAAUGUGAUUGCCAACCAUGCCUCUGUUACUAAGCAAGAACCCUCCACUAUAUCCUCAGAGAUGCUUAGUUCUCAGUAAAGAUCUGCCACUCUGUAUGAAUUGAUAUUGGAACUGCUUUCAUUUAUGUUGCUCAAUAGGAGUAUUAAAACAUGUUAUAUCAAGAAUUUUGCACCACUUGUAUGGUUGCUCGUAGCUGUUUAAUCAAAUCAGCAUAUGUACCAUGUAACCAUAUGUACAUAUGUACAUGAAAUAAUAAUUCCUCUAUCUAACAGUUCUGCUUUUUCAAUAUAUUUAGUUCCAAAAUAAAUAAACAAUAUUAAGGGUGUUGAACCAUAGCAAACUGUAUUCUUUCAUAAUUAUAAUGGGUUGCAUUAAGAUCAGAUAAAAGUCCUGAGAUGACUGUUGUGGCCUGCGCAAUUCAUUCCGAUCACAUUCCCUAGGAUAAAGAACUACUACAGAAAUGGUUUAGUGCAGUUUCUGUUUUUACUUGUAAGAGUUGGGUGCAGACCUAAGUUCA